AUGGAAGAACAGGCUGAUACGCAUUUACAAACCCCAAUUACGACUUGACUAGGAUUAACAUCCAAGCAAUGUUCCUGGACCACCUUAGAAUAAAAACAAGAGUGCUUUGGGCUUUGGGUUCCUUGGAGCGCCAUAAAUUUUUCUAUCAAAUUUGUCGCCUUCAAAAUCUUUUGAUAAAUUAAUGAAGCAAUUUCCACGUCGAUACAAUGUGAUUGUGAUAUUAUUUUUUAUUGCAACUAUAAAAUUUCAUCUUCAUGCCAUGCCUUCCGGAUUUGAGAUCCAGACUAUAUUUUGAGUUAAAGUGGUGAACUGAAACUCUUUCUGAGGAUAAAGAGAAGUGAUGAGGACUCCGAUCUCCUUCUUCUUGCUAAUAACAAUUCUGCUAAAUUUGGCAGUAGCAACGCUAAGUGCAGAUACAUAUAGCAGAUAUGAUUUCCCUCCUGGCUUUAUAUUUGGCUCUGCCACCUCUGCUUAUCAGGUGGAGGGAGCAGCCAGUGAAGAUGGGAGGACUCCAAGCAUUUGGGACACUUAUACGCAUGCUGGGUAUGCUAAAGGAGCCACUGCAGACGUAGCUGCUGAUCAUUACCACAAAUACAAGGAAGAUGUGAAACUCAUGGCAGAAAUGGGGUUGGAUGCCUACAGGUUUUCCAUCUCCUGGUCAAGACUUAUCCCCAAUGGAAGAGGACCUGUCAAUCCAAAGGGUUUAAUGUUUUAUAACAAUCUCAUUAAUGAACUGAUCAGCCAUGGAAUACAACCUCAUGUUACUUUGAACAAUUUUGAUCUUCCACAGGCACUUGAAGAUGAUUAUGGAGGAUGGAUUGACCGAAGGAUUGUGAAGGACUUCACAGCUUAUGCAGGUGCAUGCUUCCGAGAAUUUGGAGACAGGGUUUCACAUUGGAUUACUGUGAAUGAGCCCAAUGUGUUUGCCAUUGGAGGUUAUGAUCAGGGAAUUUCUCCUCCUAAGCAUUGUUCUCCUUCAUUUGGAACAAACUGCACUAGAGGCAACUCCUCGACCGAGCCAUACAUAGCCGUUCAUAAUAUCUUGUUGGCGCAUGCGUCAGCCGCAAGAUUGUACAGGAAAAAAUAUCAAGGAAAGCAGCAUGGAUUCAUAGGUGUUAGCAUCUUUGUAAUUGGGGCUGUCCCUUCUACAAACUCAACAGAAGAUGCAAUGGCAACUCAAAGAAUGAAGGACUUCUAUAUUGGUUGGGUUGUCAAUCCCUUGAUGUUUGGAGAUUAUCCCGAGGUAAUGAAGAAAAUUGUAGGCUCCCGAAUGCCUAGCUUUACCAGUCAUGAAUCUGAACUGCUUAAGGGUUCGUUUGACUUCCUAGGCAUAAUACAUUACAUUACAGCUAACAUACAAGACAGCCCUGGCAGUUUGGAAUUGAAACAAAGAGACUUUAACAUGGAUGUAGCUGCAAGCAUAAGCAAUUAUAACGAUUUUUUCAUGGCUUCAGAGUUGCCUAUUAUUCCUUGGGGUCUGCAAGGAGUGCUGGAGUAUUUUAAGCAAGCUUAUCACAAUCCUCCCAUUUACAUUGUUGAAAACGGUCAGAGAACUCCACACAAUAUAACCUUGGAAGACACAUCGAGGGUGAAAUAUCUGCAGGCGUAUAUUGGAAGUGUACUGGAUGCAAUAAGGAAUGGAUCAGAUACAAGAGGGUACUUCGUAUGGUCCUUCUUAGAUGUAUUCGAGUUAUUGAAUGGUUAUGACUCAAGCUACGGGCUAUACUACGUAGAUUUCAAUGAUCUAGAUUUGAAAAGAUAUCCUAAACUUUCGAGUGAUUGGUAUUCCCAUUUUCUCAAGGGAGGAAGUGUCAGUCCAGAUGGGGUGAUCGAGUUCCAGAACAAUUUCUCUGCUCUUCCCCACGGCCAUUUCUCCCAGUAGGCUGAUUUCAAUGGAAAUCAAUAAUGGCCUUGCGUUGAUUUUCCUUGUUUUCAAGUUGUACUUUCCCCUUUUGGCCCAACAAUGGGAUAGACUUCCCGGACUACAUACUUCAAUAAGAUAGAUAUAAAUGCUUUUCAAUAGCAAUGUAGCAAUACAGCAUAAAUGCUAAUUGCAGAUCCCUGUCUGUAUCUUCAAGCUGCAUCAAGGUUACAACUUUCAGUUUUCGAGGAUUAAUUCUCCAUUUCUCUUAUUUUGUGCAUGACUGGAACCGUAGUUUGGCAGUCUACUUGCCAAGUAGACUAACAUUAAGUUACCUCAUCCUUUGUUCUGAAAUCCUAGGAUUAUAAUCUCCUUUUAUCUAAACAUAGAUAAGAGACAGAUCACUGCAUCAGCACGUGAUAAGCCAAGGGUCUUAUCAAU